AUGGCUGACCCUACCUACCCUCCCAGCAGAGAUGAUGAGCGGGCACGCGCUAACGGCCAAACUGGCAAGGCAGCCACCGAAUAUCCACUGACUCACUACCACUCCAUUGUAUACAGCUUGCUCAGCUGGGAACGACCGCAGACCACUGCUAUCUCCUAUGUCACUGUUGUAGCCAUGAUUGUAGCUGGCCGAUACCUCCCGCUUCUACGAUGGGCCUUGAAACUUCUCUAUCUGUCGCUUGGCUUUACCGCCAUUGUUGAAAUUAGCGGACGUGUUGUUUUAGGCCAUGGCUUCAUGAGCACUUCUCGUCCACGCAAAUACUACACAAUUCCCAAGGAUACCGUGGAAAGCCUGCUCGAAGACCUGGAACAGUUGAUGGAUUUUUUUCUUAUCGAGUUCCAACGCAUUUUGUUUGUAGAAAAUCUGUCGUAUACCCUUGCUACUUUUAUCGCUGCUCUCACCUCCUACUGGCUUGUUCGAUUUUUGCCCCUCUGGGGAUUGGCCCUCAUAGGUGUAACUAUAGCUUAUCUGGGGCCGCUGGUCUACCUCAGUAAUAAAGAGUUUAUCGACGAGCAAGCAAAGGCUGUCCAGGACAUGAUCAAUACCCAAGCCCGAGAGGUAAAGGAGAUGGCAGAAGCCCAGACGAGCCAUGCCACUGAUAUGGUAAAACACUACGUUGGCGAGUACCGUGCAAAGGCUCAUGAAUAUGUCGUAUCCCCCGUUUCCCUCCCAGAAUCAGUGGGAGCUAAGAAGCGGCAGCUCGAUGCUCCAGCCACACAACCAGGGCCAACUAUUCUAGAGCCCAGUGAUUUCCCUCCAGCACCACAAAAUGAACUUAUUCCCCAGAUUCACGAGGAUAAGAACGAAACAGAGGUUGCUUCAGAGCUAGUUCCGACCCUGUGA